UAGAGCAUCAAUCAUACGUAGCCUACAAUCGUACAGAAAUAGCAGUGACUUUCGAGGCUUGGUGUAAAAUGCAAGUUUGCAGAACCAGAGCGGUGCUAUAAACUUGUACGCUCACAGAAGAAAACGUUGGAGAUAAUGAAAAUGUCAUGUGUGGUGUCAGUCCCUCACUUAAUGUCUAGAUCUAGUGAAGUGUGUACUUGAUUUAGGAGGCUGCACAGAGUCCAAGCCUGACUAUAGUAGUAGAUCUAGAUUCUAGGCCCCCAAGACUAAGCCUGCUAUUAAAUUAUUAUUUCCACUUUCCCACAUUUAUUUUAUUCAAAUUUGGAGAUUUCAGGAGAUAAAAGAUCUAUUUAUACCCCUCAGGUCUUUACCUUUGUGCUGCUCAAAACAUUGACUCCAGCAUCUGAACAAGGACUAAAAAAAGCAUGGCAGCGAAGGAUGAGAUGAAGUCGAAGACUUGUAAAGCAGAUGGGGUUGACAACAAAGAAACUUUCCACUGUUUCUUCGGGAAGGCCUCUCCUUUCAGUCAGCACCACCCUGCCAAGUUUGAGAUUGACGGCAUCAUCUUCAACUGUGCCGAGCAGUACAUGAUGUACUCAAAAGCAGUUCAAUUCAAGGAUGAAGAAAUGAAGAAAAAGAUCUUAGGAUCCUCAAACCCAGUGGAACAAAAGCGUUUUGGGAGGAAGGUCAAAAAUUUUGAGAAAGAUGUUUGGACAUCAAAGGCAGAAGACAUUGUGCGGACUGCCACUUUAGCGAAGUUUGAACAAAACGAGGAUCUGCGUAAACAACUUUUGGCAACAUAUCCUGCCACACUGGUGGAGGCCAGUCCCCGAGACCGCAUCUGGGGCAUCGGUCUGGGACUCUUGAACCCAAAAGCCCAAAACCGAGCGACCUGGAGGGGCAAGAACAAACUGGGUCAGAUCCUCACGGCAGUCAGAGACGAGCUAUUGGACGACGAGAGGGAGGACCCGCAGUGAGAGGAGACAUGUGCGUGAUUGUGCCCCGGAUAAUAUAUAUAUAGAUAUACAUACAAA